UUUAGCGCUUCCCUUUGGUGAAAACUAACGAGAAAUAGCCAAGAGCAGUAGGUCAUCGUCGGCGCCGCUCUGUAGUAGUAUUGGCAUCUUCUUCAGCCCGCUUGUCGCAGUUCUCACAAAACUAGUCGCAGUAGCCUGGAAAAGAAAUGGAUAUUGCUUUAUUUUCUCCGGCUUCUCUUUUCGCUGAUCCCGACGGCGAUUCCAAUGAUGAGGAAACUAAAGAAUCCCAUCAAAAUUUCGUGGAGAGAAAGCACCAAUUCCCUGGAAUGGGGGGCGGGGGUUCUGCAGGAAUUGAUCAUUCGGGAGUUUUCGUUUCACCAGCUGAAUGCUAAUUUGUUGUGGCCUGGAACGUUUGCAUUUGCAGAAUGGUUAGUUCAGAACAGAUCAUGGAUGGCAGGACGGCGUGUAAUUGAGCUGGGAAGUGGAACCGGAGCCUUGGCAAUCUUCUUGCAUAAAUCAUUUAACCUCGAUAUUACAACGUCAGAUUAUGAUGAUCCUGAUAUUGAGGACAACAUAGCUCAUAAUUGCAGAUUCAAUGGGAUUAUUCCUGUACUUCCUCACAUAAAGCAUUCAUGGGGUGAAAUUUUCCCCAUAACCAAUCCAGACUGGAACCUGGUAAUUGCUAGUGAUAUCUUAUUGUAUGUGAAGCAAUAUCCAAACUUAAUAAAAACUCUCUCCUUCCUUUUGAAAUCCUACAAGCCACAAGCUAGUGAAGAAGUUUCUCAAAAAAGUCAAUCAAAUGAUGCAUGCCUGCUCCCCCGACCUGCAUUUUUUAUGAGCUGGAGGCGCAGAAUUCGGAAGGAGGACGAGUCACUCUUCUUCAAUGGAUGUGAUGAAGCUGGUCUUGAAGUACAGCAUCUAGGAACCCGCGUGUACUGCAUUGUACCUAGAGAAGUAAACUGUUGAGGAAAUUGCUGAAACACAGGUAAGUUACUCUUCAUGGAAAAUAGACACCGUCAAAUUUGAAAGAAGAUUUCUUUGUCAAGGUUUGUUCAUCUAGGUACUUCUUCCAAAAGCUUUUAGAUUUUCCCUACCAUUUCUCUGGGUUUUAUUACCUUAGCACGGGGCAGAUUGAAUAGUUCCUUUGAAUUCAUGAAGGGUUUGUGUUAUCAAUAGUUCUCCAAGGCCUCCUCCUGGGCAAUCGCUUACAUGUUCUCUCUUGGGCUGCAAACUGCAAGCAAGUCUGGGGCAAUAUAGAAAUUUUUUAUUGUCUUGGCAUAUGAUGUUAUAUUAUGAAAUUGUAUCCUACUGUUGUCAGUGGUUGAUUAAAAUUUGGUUAACUCGAAAAGAAAAUAAAA